AAGGGAAAAGCGGAAAAUAAAAAGUUCUGCUGCUCCAUCUGGUUGUGGAGUUUGCUCCCUUGGGAAUUAGGCCAGCAAGUGGAGAGACUCGAGCUGGACUUCAGAUAAUCUGAACUUCCCGGAAAGCACAAUGGUGAGAAGAAUGCUUGCCAUACCAGAGGGAUAAACUUACAGAAGAAUUCAUAGAAGUAACAGUUUUCAUCAAGGUUUUUUUUGUAACUGGAACUCUUCGGCAUGACAGGGCCUGAGGAUCUCAUCAACGAGGCCCAAAGCCUCUCUGAGGCGGAAGAGGAAGAGGGCGCCCUGUGGGAGAAAAUUGAGAGUGCGCGGCACCAGCUCACCCGCUCUCUGAACCCAGCAAAACUGACACCAUACCUGCGCCAAUGCCGGGUGAUAGAUGAGCAGGAUGAAGAGGAGGUGCUGAGUGCCUAUCGAUUUCCGUGCAAGAGCAACCGAACAGGACUCCUCAUGGAUAUCCUCCGAAGACGAGGGAAGCGAGGCUAUGAAGCUUUUCUAGAAUCCCUGGAAUUCUAUUACCCAGAACAUUUCACCAGGUUGACAGGGAAGCAGCCAGUUCAGCGUUGCUCCAUGAUCCUGGAUGAAGAGGGCCCUGAAGGCCUGACACAGUUCCUCAUGAUGGAGGUGAAGAAGGUGAGGGCCCAGCGGAAAGGCCACCUGGCUAAAGAGCAUCAGCUUCAGGUGAAGAACCAAGCUCUGGAGGAGGAGUGCAGUCAGCUCAAGCAACAGCUGCAGGAGCUGCAGAAAGCGCAGGAGCGGUGGCAGAGGUUUCAGGAGGAGUGGGACUCCAACAGUUUGGAACUGCAGAGGCUGAAGGAUGAAAAUUAUAUGCUGGCCAUGCGCUACGCACAGCUGUGCGAGGAGAAGAAUGCUGCCGUCCUACGAAGCCGGGACUUGCAACUGGGGGUGGAUCAGUUGAAAUGCAAGGUUAGCACCAUGGAGGAAGAAUGCUCCUUACUGAGGAAACAGGCAGCAGCAUCUCCUCAGCGAGAGGUUGAGGAUCAUGGCCUUGUCGAAAGGAUAUCUGAAUUGCAAGCAGAGAACCAGAGGUUGGCUGCUUCAUUUCAGGAGCUUCAGAGCAUGGUGCAGGUGGCAGGUGAAGGCCAGGUGUCUGGGUCUGCGAGGAUCCUUUUAGACAUUUUGGAGCAUGACUGGAAGGAAGCCCAAGCUGACCGGCAGGAGCUGUGCCAGAAACUGGACUCUGUGCAAAAUGAGCUGCAGUGGGCAGAACAGCUGAGAGAUAAGUACCUCCAAGACAUGGAAGAUCUGCAGCUGAAGCACCAGACUCUGCAAAAGAAUUGUGACUUGUACAAGCACAGAAUGAAUACUGUGCUAGUACAGCUGGAGGAGAUUGAGAAGGAAAGAGACCAGGCAAUCCAAAGCCGAGAUGGCGUUCAGCUGCAGUACUCCCAGAGCCUUGUUGAGAAGGACCAGUACCGCAAGCGUGUGCGGUCCUUGGAGGAAGAGAGGGAUGAGCUGCUGAGCAAAAUGACACAGGCCGAGGGCAAGAUCAGCACACUGGAGGCGCAGCUGCAACGAUGUCAGUGCACCCGGGGCCUGGCCAAGAAGAUGUGUUCCUCCUCCCACUCCCUCUGUUCCAUCCUGAGUAGCACAUGGAGCAUGAUAGAGAAGCCCUCAGCCCUGGAGGAUGGGGUUGUUGAUACACCUGGGAUCUUGGACAUCACAUUCCCUGGUGACUGUAUAAGCCAGGAUGAGGAAGUGACGCCAGACCGAGAGAAAGAAAUUAACCGUCUUUCCAUCUUCCCUUUCCCACCCUGCGCUGGCUCUAUUCUUCGUCGACAACGAGAAGAUGGACCAACUCCUAUGAAGAGUUGGUCUUAUGGGUCCUUGGGCAGCUUGGAGGACUUCACAGGAAGCGUCACCACCACAGUGUCUUCUCUCCAAUCCCCUUCCUCUUCCAGCAGUGCGCACACCAGGACAAAGUCAGAAAACUGCUUACUUGACAUUUCUGAUCGGCAAGAGUUUGCCAGGAGAUCUGUUGUGGUGCAUUUGUCUGCCACUUCCCCCUUGAUCAUCCCAGUACCCCAACGCAGAGGCCUGUCUGGAGACAUCUCCAUCCUUGGAGGGAACAGGACUGGGAUUUAUGUCCAGUGGGUGAGGCCAGGCUCAGAAGCUGAGAGUGCAGGACUCCGAGAGGGAUGCCGGCUGCUAGAGCUUAGGGGGACUCAGCUAAAUGGAGAGGUUCUCUCCUUGGAGAACUGCACACGCGAAGUAGCUUACCUAAGUCUAUUGCACUGGGAUGACCCAUCUGCUCUCCUUUUUCUGCCUGAUAUGAGAGGAUACCAGCCUCUCAAAGAUGCUCUCGAUGCUGGCCGGAAGGUUCCCGGUGACUCUUUUUAUGUGAAGGCCAACCUGAAUCUCCUGGAGCUUACGGACCCUAAUGCCCUGUGUGUGAAGUGCCGGGAGGUUCUACAUGUCACCGACACCUUGCACAAUGGGCGGCUGGAAUGGUAUUGUGCCCGAGUAGACCCCUUCACCCUGAAGGACUUGGACGAGGGUACAGUGCCAAAUUAUAGCAGGGCUCAGCAACUCUUGAAAAUCCAGACAGCAACACGGCAGAAAGGCAGCAGGACUAAGCUAAAAAAACGGGCCUUGGAUCAGCUUCGCCUGGUGAAACAAAAACAACAUGGAGGGCAGAGUGAAGGCCUUCAACUGGAUCUUUUCCUAGAUGGUGUUGUUAAACCCUACAGUCCAGUACGCCCUUUGGUGGUGCAGACCCGUCGCCCUGUUGUGCUCUCACCUGGCUGCUUAGCACCAUGGAUCAUCAGAAACCUUCUGGAGCUCCCUUCUUCGCAUCAGGAUUUCUACUUGUGUCCAGCUGAUGUCCUUGCUGAACAAAGGCUCUCCUCUGCCUCCUCCAAGAACGGUAUGAAUGCUGAUAGAAUCUCUGGAAGCCAGAUGGAUUAUGAGAGGAUCCAUGCUAUCCAGGAGACUAUUGGAAAGAAUAAACACUGCCUGCUAGAGCUGGAGGUCCAGGUGGUGAGGGAUCUAAUUAAACAUGAAAUAUACCCCAUUGUUAUCCACAUCGAGGUCACUGAGAAGAACAUCAAGGCAGUGAGGAGUUUACUUGGAAAGUCCAGGCUGCAUGAUUCUGAGGUGCUGAAACAAUGCCGGAGGGCAGAGAGGUCUCUCCAUGCUUUGCCCUGCUCAUGGGCCUUGGUGGACCAUCCGGCCUGGUCUAGUGCAGAGGAGCUGGUGAAGGUGGUGCGGGCUCACAUCUUCCAGGAGCAGACCAGGAUUGUGUGGGUCGAGGAGAGUGACUUUUGAUUGGUGCUGUUGCAGGACUGGCUUUGUUGUUGACUUUGGAUCAUAUGUAGGAGAUUAGCCUCUGCAGGACAGUGGCUUGGACUCCUUGACCAUGAAGAUUUUUCUGAUCUGGGAUCCCCACCAUGCCUCCUGCAGGCUGGGACUUCUUUGCAGUUCAGCCAUUUUUUUUGCUUUAAUUUGAUGGAUUCUGCUUUUAUUUUGAAAACUCGGGGUUGAGUGAGCCCUGUGAAGAACAGAACUUAGAAAAGUUACUAGUUUGAAUUGCAACACCUAGAAUCCUGUAGUCACAGUGGUUCCUAACAGUGGAUCCCCAGAUGUUCUUAGACUACAACUUCCAGAAAUCCUGCCAGCACAGCUAGUGGUGGAGGCUUCUGGGAGUUGCACUCUGAUAACAUCUGUGUAC